AUGGAGCGGACAAGGCACCCUGUGUACUCGACUCCCAAGCCGCAUACCGUAUUGAGUCCCGACGUACCCCGCUCCGCAGCUUCCUCCAAGCCGCGGGCCGCACCGCUCUGGCUCUUCCCCAGCCCCGCGGAACUCUACAGCGCCUUGUCCGGGAAAUUCAAGCAGACGCGCCAAAUCUGCUGCUCUGGGGGACGCCUGGCGGUGCUGGCGCGCGGCGGGACCUCGGUUGAGGUUCACCUGCUGCAGCAGAGGAGCACCGGCCCCAGGAAGCCCAAGUAUAUUAAAUUAGAAAGAAAUAUGAAGAUAUAUUCCAUGGACCAAGGAGCAGAGCACAUGCUGAUUCUGUCUUCAGAUGGAAAACCAUUUGAGUACAACUUUAGUAUAGAACAUGCCCGGUUUCAAUGUGUUUUACAAGAAAAGUCUAUAAUUCAGAUCGCAUGUGGAGAUCAUCAUUCUCUUGCACUUUCGAAAGGUGGUGAACUUUUUGCCUGGGGGCAGAAUUUACAUGGCCAGCUCGGAGUUGGAAGAAUAGUUGGCUCAACCUCAACACCACAGAUUGUUACACAUCUCACAGGAGUCCCCUUGGUUCAGAUAUCUGCAGGAGAAGCCCACAGCAUGGCCUUAUCCAUGUCCGGAAACAUUUACUCCUGGGGGAAAAAUGAUUUUGGACAACUAGGCUUGGGCCACACUGACAAAACAGAUUCUCCUUCUCUUGUUGAAGAAUUGGACAACCAAGAAGUUGAGUUUCUCACUUGUGGUGGCUCUCACACUGCUCUGCUCACAAAGAAUGGGCAGGUAUUUACUUUUGGUGCUGGUAAUUAUGGACAACUUGGUCACAAUUCAGUACAGAAUGAGUCAAGACCCCGUUUGGUGACAGAACUCACUGGGAAUAGAGUGACCCAGAUUGCAUGUGGAAGGGACCACACACUCGCCUAUGUUCCUGAUUUGGGAAAGGUCUUUUCUUUUGGUUCUGGAAAAGAAGGACAACUGGGAAACGGGAGAGCACAUAACCAGCUGAUACCACUUCCCAUGAAAUUGCCAUCGAAAGAAGAACUCAAAUUUGAAAACUGUACCUCAGACAAGGAGUUAAUAAUGAUUGCUGGAGGAAAUCAAACCAUUUUGCUCUUGUAUGAAAAAGAGAAUUCCUAUGUUAAUCUAAGGAGGAAAAUUGCUACACUGAAUGAAGGGACUGUAAAGAGAUGGGUUGCUGAUCUGGGGACUAAACAGUGGCAGAGUACAAAAAGGGAAAUCAAAGAGAUAUUUUCAUCUCCUGCUUGUCUGAUUGGAAGCUUUUUAAGGAAAAGAAUAACUGCAGAAAGCAUGUCUAUUCAUUUAGACUUAAAUAAAGCAAGAUACAUCUUUAAGGAGUUAAUGCAGAAGGACCAGAUUGCUAACAUGAUAACCACAAAUCUCAGUGAUAAUCUGCUCAGAAAUCUUCCAUUGCAUUCUCCACACCAAGAAGCUUUGGACAUUUUUUGCCUUCUUCCAGAAUAUCUUGUGAUGCAGGAUUCUAACAACUGGGCAAGCCUGGUGGUUCUGUUUGCUGAAGCUGUUUGUUCUAUCAGUGAUCAGUCUUCAAGAGUUCUGGAGAAGAAUUGGGCAUCUUUGCCAGAAUCCACUUUUGUCAAACUGAUCCAUGUGCUUAAAAGAGCCAUCCUCUCGCAACAGCAUUAUUGGACUAAAAGUGAUAACAGUUAUGUUCAUAUUCAAGCUCUCCUAGAAACAAUGGAAAAACUGCACAGGGUAAACCAGACCAAACAUAAACUGCCUGAAAAUAAUUUCCACAUAGAUGAACUCUCACAUUUGCUCAAUUUUCAUGAGGCAGCAUAUAGAAGAUCCUGUUGGAGUAUGAACUGGGAAUUUCCAGAAGACACUUCAUGUUAUGUCACAUUCAGCCACUUUCCAUUUGUCUUUAAUAUUCUGUCAAAAACUAAACUAUUAAAUGCUGACUCAGAGUUAAAAAGAUCAAAAUGGAGUAAAACGUUUCUGCUUUUCCAUGUGAAACAGAGUGCGUAUUGUUCUACAACCCCUUUGAUGGCCAUCUUGAAUCUAAUAGUUAGAAGGGAUAACUUGGUUGAUGAUGCUUUUAAUCAACUGAAAGAGUGCAAGAAUGAAGACCUGAGGAAGGAGUUACGGGUUUCAUUUAGUGGAGAAUUUGCCUGUGACCUUGGUGGAGUCAGGAAUGAAUUCUUCCACUGUAUAUUUGAAAAGAUGACCCAGCCAGAAUAUGGGAUGUUUAUGUAUCCUGAAGAGGGUUCCUACAUGUGGUUUCCUGUUAAGCCUAAAUUUGAGGGGCAAAAAUAUUUCUUCUUUGGGGUACUCUGUGGACUAUCCUUAUUCAAUUCCAAUGUUGCCAAUAUCCCUUUUCCUCUGGCGCUAUUUAAAAAACUUUUGGACCAACCACCAUCAUUGGAAGACUUCAAAGAACUCAGUCCUGUUUGGGGAAAGUGUUUGCAAACACUUCUGGAUUAUGAAGAAGAUGACUUUGGUGAAGUCUUUCAUAUCCAUUUUGAUGUACCUUGGGACAAAAAUAAGGUAGAAUUAAUUCCAAAUGGAGAGCACAUAAUGGUCGACCAGACUAGCAAGAGAGACUACGUUUCAAAGUUUAUUGAUUACGUCUUUAACAUCUCUGUAAAGCCAAUUUAUGAAGAAUUUCAGAGAGGAUUUUACAGUGUGUGUGAUGAGGAGAUUAUUGAAAUUUUCCACCCUGAAGAACUAAAGGAUGUGAUUAUUGGAAAUACAGACUAUGAUUGGGAAAUGUUUGAAAAGAAUGCAUGCUAUGAGUUUGGAUACACCAGUUCACAUCCCACCAUAGUGAUGUUUUGGAAGGCUUUACAUAAAUUAACUUUGGAAGAAAAGAAAAAAUUCCUUGAGUUUCUUACAGGAACUGACAGACUACAAAUUAAAGGUUUAAAAAAUAUGAACAUAACAUUUUGCUGCCUUCAGACUUGGAAGGAAAAUGAUCCUAUAAGAGCACAGACAUGUUCUAAUAUUCUAUACCUCCCUAAAUAUUCAACAAUGGAAAGAAUGGAAGAAGCACUUCAAGUAGCCAUCAACAACAGCAGAGGGUUUGGCUGCCACUUAUUUUUGUAA